AUGGCGAUGAUUACAGGCUGCACUCGGCGCCUUACGGCGAAGGUGAAGUCCGUGAAGGCACUUCCCUCCGGCCUUUGUGCAUCCCGCUGCCUGUCGCCGUUGGGCCCUAUGAUGCUGCAGCAGCGACAGCUGCACCAGAGCACGCCUCGUUUCAACACUGCAGUCAACCCGGGCUGGCCAGUAAUGUGGACGAACAUUUACGACAAGCCCGGCUGGGACACAGAUUUGGAACUCGAGUAUGACGUGAUGCCACGUGAUGAGUUCGGUGUUCCUGCACAUAUCCCACCGGAGAUUUCUACGACCAUCCGCCAUACGUAUUACAUCCCACCUCAGUACUACCCUUUCCUGAAGAAGCUGGGCGACGAUACGCCGGAGCUGAAGCCGUGGAUGGACAAGCUCAUCAAUGGCGAGAUGACCUUUGACGAUUACGAGGAGAUGUUCUACCAGUUUGCCAAGCCUCUCAAGAUCCACCGGCCGCUGAUUCCGAUGCCAUACCGAACUGCGGAGGAGAUGAAGAAGAGCGAAGAGGUAGCCUGGGAGGGAGCCUGGCUGUCCUUCAGACAGCGGGUCAUCGGAGACUAUCUUGCGAGGCACUACCUGCGCGACUUCCUCGGUGGUAUGGGCGUUGGUUUGUUUUUUGCCUGGGUCUACAUCCAAGCUCAUCGUCAGUACCGCAUCGACAUGAAGCUGUUCUACCUGGAGGCCCCUGAGCACAAGAUCAACUGGGUGGUUCCACGCGGAGAUCUCUGA